AAGAAAGGUUAUGUGUGUUAAUUAAAAUGCCCUUUCUUUUAUUAAUCGCCGUUCCUAUUGUUCCUGUCUCAUCCAUAUAUGAAGCGCUCGAUGUUCACUUCCGAACUGGCCUCAAUUCAUGCAUCUCUUAGUAAUUGUGUGCUUGUCUCGAAGAAUUUGUUUUGGAAAUUUGGCUGAUGCAAUACACGCCAAAUUUGCAGUGAUGCACAAGUGCAUUGUGGUGUAAAGCACAGCGCUGUAACUGAUUAUGUCAUCGUACUUUUAAGGCGGCAAAUCUAAACACUCAGAAUUCCCAUUGAUACAUCUACCAAGUGCUAUAGUCUACAACUUGCUUGCCGUGCAAUAGCUGAGCAAAAACGCAUCCAGUGAGGGAAGAUGACUACCACGCCGAUGCUGAACUCCCCCGUGGAGGCGGGUGCCACGACACCUGUCGGCGGGCAGAAGCCGGAAGUCCACGAAAACGUCCAUCUCAAGAAGCAGCUGGGCCUCCUCGAGGGAGUCGCCAUCAUCCUGGGAAUCAUUUUUGGUUCGGGGAUCUUCAUCUCCCCGAAGGGUGUGAUCCAGGACAUGGGCUCUGUUGGCGGCUCACUGAUCGUCUGGACCCUGUGUGGUCUCCUGUCAAUGAUCGGAGCUCUCUGCUACGCAGAACUCGGGACAUCUAUCCCCAAAUCUGGUGGCGAUUAUGCUUAUAUUCAUGAAGCAUUUGGCCCACUGCCUGCGUUCUUGUAUCUCUGGGAUGCAAUUUUAAUUUUUGUGCCUACAACAAAUGCCAUCAUGGGUCUGACAUUUGCAAGUUACGCCAUUCAGCCAUUUUUCCCAAACUGCUCAGUACCUGAUGCUGCAGUUAGAAUGAUUGCAGCUGUCACCAUAUGUUUCCUGACGUUCAUGAACUGUUAUGAUGUCCGCAAGACUAGUCGAAUGCAAAACCUGUUUAUGUUCACUAAGAUUUUGGCACUAGUACUUAUUAUCAUUGCAGGGUUGGCCUAUCUUUUUAUGGGUAACACUGAAAAUUUCAAUAAUCCCUUUGAAGGUUCCCACUCGGAUCCGGGCAGGAUUGCUGUGUCCAUUUAUUCUGGUAUAUUUUCCUACUCUGGAUGGAAUUACUUAAACUUCAUGACUGAAGAGCUGACGAAUCCUUAUGUUAAUUUGCCACGAGCUAUUUACAUAUCCAUCCCGCUGGUGACGUUCAUUUAUGUGCUCGCCAAUGUGGCGUACCUCGCAGUCCUCACUCCGAUAGCGAUGAUCUCCUCCGACGCCAUUGCCGUCACAUUUGCAGACAAAGUCCUGGGACCGAUGUCGUGGAGCAUGCCCCUGCUGGUCGCGCUGUCUGCGUUCGGGGGCCUCAGUGUCCACAUCAUGACGUCUUCCAGGAUGUGCUUUGUCGGUGCCCGGUACGGCCACUUCCCAGCCAUGCUGUCUCACAUCAAUGUCAGGCGCCUCACCCCGACUCCUUCUCUAGUCUUCCUGAAUCUACUUUCGCUCAUCAUGCUGUGCACGAGUGAUGUUCACGUACUUAUAACGUACUCGAGCUUCGUCGAGUCGUUCUUCAUCAUGUUAUCAGUUGCUGGAAUACUGUGGUUGCGCUGGAAGAGGCCUGAAAUGGACAGACCAAUUAAGGUGGCGUUAUGGAUUCCCAUAACUUUUGUGCUGAUAUGCGCUUUCCUCGUCUUCGUGCCAUUCUAUGAGCGCCCGUACGAGGUGGGUAUGGGGGUGUUGAUAACUGUGACAGGUGUGCCAGUGUACUACAUGGGGGUGGUGUGGCAGGACAAGCCUGCCUGGUUCCUCAGUGGCCUCGACAAACUGACCUGCAGUGUCCAGAAAUUAUUCCUGUCUGCCAAAGAAGAGAAAGAAGACUAAUUUUAAUUUCAUGCUGCAGAAAACCAAGGAAAUGUAGUGUUAAAUUAUAAUUAGUUUAAAAACUGAGCUUGGCAAGUACUUUUUUUUAUAUUGCUUGGUUUAUGCCGGAGAUUGACAUGUCGAGGUUUGUAGCAGCCAGGUGGUAGGUAGUGUUUGUCAGACAGUGUAUCUGAUGGCAGUUAAGAAGUGCUAUAUUGCAGUGUGUUACCUAAUUUAAUUUAGUCAGUGUAAUAUUUCAUAUUUUAAGUUUUAUGUAUUUGGUCUUCGCUGUGCGAGGAUAUUGCACAAUUGAUCAUUAACUACUGAGUAUGGCAUCACAACUUAGUUUUACCAAAAAAUAAGAAUCAUAUUUUUUCUGAUUCUCUUAACAGUUUUAGCAGAUCUCCUCAAAGAAAGGCACUUCUCAUUACAGAACAUUUUGACUUUGUAGCAGGAGCAUAUUUUACAAGUUUAAGUGCCAAUUUUGCCUCUGUUUUGGAUGAUCUGAUAUUCAUUUAUGUUAUAUUGUUUUAUUGUUUACGAUAAUGCUUGUAUGGAUGUGACACAUACCAUCAUUUAGUAUUAAGCCCAUUUUAGUGAUGAGUGGACAGUAUUUUUCAUGCAAAACUGUAAAUUAUAUUUUCAUUUUAAUGUAGUUUGUUUGAUGUAUUAUUAGUCUUGUGUGUUCUCAGUUGUAUGGUGAACUUAUGAUUUUAAUAUUAUUUUUGUGUCAGCAGACCUCUGCUGUUGGUCUGGGGAAAAUAAUACCUUGAACCAAUGUAAGCAACAAGGCAUAAGUAUGUGUGGUGUGUUACUGUUUAAAAAAAAAUGCUCAUUGUACAAAAAGCUAUGACAUACUACCUUUUUUAUGUUGACAAUUCAGAAAUUAAGUUACACUUUUAAAAGUAACAUUGUACUAUAACAAAUUUAUCAAAGAAUUGGAAAACUAAGUUUUAAUGGCUGAAAGUCUUUCUUCAGAGUGCUGCACUUGAGAUCUUACAUAGAAAUGGAUAGCUGCUGUUUUUGCCAUAAAAUAAUAUCCACUGUCUCUGACUCUGUAAUGCAACAUCUUGUCAUCUUUCCAGACAGAACUUACUUUGCAGCAGGAUGCGUGCUAUUUUGAAACUGUUUCAGGAAGUAAUGCUUUCUCAGCUGCAGUUGACUUAUUUAUUCCAUCAUAACCAGUUGUGAUCCUAUCAUCCAGGCUUGAAAACUGUAAAGAGAUAACAAAAUAUGGAACUGAAUGACAGGUAUACAUGUGUGUGUGGAAACCAAACCAUAAGUUUCCAUCAUAUUAACCCUCAAAUGAAGGGUUAGCUCACAUCUAAAAUGAUAUUAUGACAAAAUUUUAGUCAGCUGCAGCUGUGGACAUUUAUAUCAUGAAAUAAUAAUAUCAGUGUGGAAUCAUGAUGAUUUUCUUUACAAAGUGGGCAUCAUCAUGAAAUUAACUCACAGAUUUCCAUGUGCCAAACUGGCUGUGAAACUUGGAUUCAUGAAUUUUGUGAACAACGAUUCUAGUCGCUAACUUAUCCUGAAACAACUUAUGAUAGAGCUGAAAGCUUCAGACAGUUUCAGAGUUUAGGGCUUGGAUGUUCAGCCAGUAAGAGCAUUGCCAACAAAAGACUUAGCUCUGAGAUUGAUUCUUGGUCUAGCACACAGUUUUAAUCUUCUUUACUUUGAUGGUAGGUUUUUGUGUUUCCAUUUUUGUGCACUUGUUUAUAUUCCUAAUUUUCAGUUUUAUUUCUUUCGCUACCACACUCUUGGGUAACAAUGUGUUUUCAGAAUGGAUAUUCUUAGCUGAAAGCAGAAAUACCAGGACAAAAUACGGAGCCUGUUUGCAGACUUUGUUGGGUUCAGUGUCUGAGUGACUUCUAAAUUUGCCCUCCCUGUUCAUGUGUGCCCUUGUGGAAUUUGUGAUCAAUAAUACGGAUUCAUUAAAAAGAACACUCUCUCUCUCUCUCUCUCUCUCUCUCUCUCUCUCUCUCUC